AUGCAAGAGGAGUUCGACGCCCUGCAGUGCACCCGCACAUGGCAGCUUGUUCCGCGACCCCCUCGUGCCAACAUCAUCACUGGCAAGUGGGUGUUUCCCCACAAGACCCGCCCGGACGGUUCUCUCGAGCGCUACAAGGCUCGUUGGGUGGUUCAUGGAUUUCGGCAGCAUGCGGGCGUGGACUUCACCGACACCUUCACCCCGGUGUUCUGCGAGGAGCCCACUGGCUUCGUCGACGCCGAGCACCCCGACUUUGGCGCCAACACUGCAUAUCUGCUACUCUACGUCGACGACAUCAUCCUCACGGUGUCCGUCCCCGAUCUCCUUCAGCGGCUGACUGCUCGUCUUCGUGACGAGUUCGUCCUCAAGGACUUGGGCCCUCUGCACUACUUCCUCGGCAUCGAGGUGGUCCGACGGACUGACAGCUUCUUUCUGCAUCAGCAAAAGUACGCCCACAAGCUCCUGAAGCGUGCCAGUAUGCUUAACUGCAAGCCGGCGCCCACCGCCGUCGACACGAAGGCGAAGGUCUCUGCUCUGGAGGGGUCUGUCGCGUUCGAUGCAGCGUUCUAUCGCUCCAUUGUUGGUGUCUUACAGUACCUGACGCUGACUCGACCCAACCUGCAGUACGCCGUUCAGCAGGUGUGCCUCCACAUACACGCUCUGCGUGACUCCCACUGGACCUUGGUGAAGCGUAUUCUCCAUUACGUAUGCGGCACUAUGUCUUUGGGACUCACUCUGAUGGCUUCCGCCUCCAGCGACCUCGUGGCCUACUCGGAUGCCGACUGGGCUGGCUGCCCCGACACUCGACGCUCCACGUCAGGCUACUGCGUCUACCUUGGGCCCGUGCCGAUCUCUUGGUCAUCGAAGCGGCAGCCCACGGUCUCCCGCUCCAGCGCAGAGGCAGAGUAUCGCGUCGUGGCUAAUGCCGUGGCCGAGUGCUCUUGGAUCCGUCAGCUGCUCCAGGAGUUGCUUUGUGAUGUUCACAAGGCCACUCUUGUCUACUGCGAUAACGUCAACACGGUCUACCUUUCCGCCAACCCGGUGCACCAUCGACGUACGAAGCAUAUUGAGCUCGAUAUUCACUUCGUGCACGAGCAGGUUGCCCUUGGCCGUGUCCGGGUUCUCCACGUGCCGACGUUGCAACAGUUUGCUGAUGUGAUGACUAAGGGAUUGCCUACUUCUGUCUUCGAGGAGUUUCGGUCCAGUCUCUAUGUCUCUAGCGACGCUUCGACUGCGGGGGUGUUGAGUAUGUAUUUUGUGUUGCAUGUAUAUUGA